AUGGCUGCCGUCGUCGCUCGUCAACCCUUCGAGCCUGCUCCGGGCUUCGUCCCAACAACAACUCAGGCAACCGGAAGUUUCUUACAUUCCACACUUGAUGGCGCCCCUGCGUUUGUCGACAUAUCGGCUGGAGGCUCUAAUGUAAAGAGCACCGAGCAUUCGCUCAAAGUCAUCAACUUGCGAGACUACCAACCGCAAGUGAAGCUUGACGUCGAAGGCGUCGAGUAUGUGUCGUUCAAUUCCAACCUCCAAGAAGAAAGCCUCAUGCAUUCGGACAAAGCCGAGGUCAAAUCUGUGGUUGAGAAACAAUACUGGCCUGAAUGUGCUGAACUUGUUAAAAAGCACACUGGUGCCGUUGAGGUAGUCCCAUACCACUGGCGCCAUCGUCAAACCCCAAAGAAUAUGCAGGACCAGGACGCCACUAAGGGAGUGAGCAGCAAGCCAGUCACACACUUCCACAUCGACAACGAUGCUAGCACUGCCGAAGGCUCUUUGAAGGCUGCCCUUGGCGAGGAAGAGGCCGCGCGUUGGAUUGCAUCUGGCCACUGGGGCAUUGUAAACGUGUGGAAACCGAUUGGGGACCCAGCAUAUCAGUAUCCUCUUGCUGUUGUCGAUGUCACAAAAGUGAACUGGCAGCGCGAUGUAGAGGUUGUGCUGACACGAAACAACUACAAGAAUAGCAUCAAUGGGCUCCGCUUCCGCGAUGGGUUCGAUUAUUACUACGUUAAGGACUUGCGUGCGGACGAGGCAUUGCUGUUCAGAAAUUUCGAUUCCCACGAUGGAAGAGGAAUCGGUGUACCACACGCCGCAGUUGACGAUGUGAAUACCCCAGUUGACUGCCCCCCACGAAGAAGCAUUGAGGUUCGAUGCUUGGUUUUGUAUGCUAACUGA